CCUUUUUGUAGAUUAAAGGUGUGAACUCGUUGGAAGAGAUGUAGAAAUCUGUCUUACCUUCCGUUUCUGGAAGCUGAGUGAAAUUGUACAUAGCAGACAAGACGAGGCAAGUGGCCAGCCCCCCAGGCUACAGAAACCGGCGGGGCUGGCUGACUUUAGAAACGCUGGUUUAAAAAAAAAAAUUCACGUCUUUUAUUUAAAUAAAAGAAGGGCAUUGUUGGGGAACCAAAAUGUGUUUUUAAGUUCAAUUCACUGUGUCAUGUGGCAUUUCCUGACCUUGUUUUUUUUUCUUUUUACCCUCCCUCCUUCCCCUCUUCUUUACCCCUUUUGUAGAUUUCCCUCCUCGCUCUGUGUUGGACUUGGCCAGAUGGUGGCCACAGUAGCGGUUCUCUGGGUGGGAAAGGCACUCAGAAUAGUCAAGUUUCCUGACUUUGACAGAAAUGUACCUCGAAAGACGUUUCCACUACCUCUACUAUAUUUUGGGAACCAAAUCACGGGACUGUUCAGCACAAAGAAACUGAACUUGCCCAUGUUUACAGUUCUGAGAAGGUUCUCCAUCCUGUUUACAAUGUUUGCUGAAGGAGUGUUACUCAAGAAGACUUUUUCUUGGGGUAUUAAAAUGACUGUAUUUGCAAUGAUUAUUGGAGCCUUUGUAGCUGCCAGCUCUGACUUGGCAUUUGAUCUGGAAGGAUAUGUUUUUAUUCUGAUAAAUGAUGUUCUCACAGCAGCAAAUGGUGCAUACGUGAAACAAAAAUUAGAUUCAAAAGAGCUGGGAAAAUAUGGUCUGCUGUAUUAUAAUGCACUGUUUAUGAUUCUGCCCACCUUGGCCAUUGCAUAUUUCACAGGAGAUGCACAAAAGGCAAUGGAGUUUGAAGGCUGGGCGGAUACCCUUUUCCUUUUGCAGUUCACCCUCUCCUGUGUGAUGGGGUUUAUCUUGAUGUAUGCAACAGUACUCUGCACGCAGUAUAAUUCUGCUCUUACAACUACAAUAGUUGGCUGUAUUAAGAAUAUAUUAAUAACUUACAUUGGAAUGGUCUUUGGUGGAGAUUAUAUUUUCACAUGGACAAAUUUCAUUGGCUUGAAUAUCAGCAUUGCUGGCAGCCUGGUGUAUUCUUACAUCACAUUCACUGAAGAGCAGCUGAGCAAACAGUCAGAGGCCAGUAACAAGCUGGACGUUAAGGGAAAAGGAGCAGUAUGAACAGGGCUGCUCCAGGACCUACCCCAGCUUCCCAUGGCUCAGAACACUGGCACUUCCCACGCAGAUAAUGAGAUGUCAUGAUUUCACGGGAGAGACUGUUCCUUUGCACUUGUACAAUCCGAGGAUUGAUUGCUGCCUUUUAAAAUUUUAUCAGAGAAACUGACUCUAUUUUAAGUAUUUUUUGUUGGAAUUAAUUUAUACCAGACUAGAAAAUGUACUGGGCCUUUUAAUUUAUUUGUGUUCUGUUCUGACAGUGUAACAUCAAGUGUUUUGAAGAUACUUUCUUCAGUAGUUUGAUAACGAGGUGUCCCUAAGAGCUGCAUA